AUGAAGAUUCAGACGAACGCUGUAAAUAUUCUGGAGAGAACCUCCUCAUAUCUUCAAGCAGGUCUUUUGAGAAAAACACCUGCAUGGUAUAAUGUAGUGGCAGAUAUACAACCCGUAAAGAAAUUUAAUAGAGAACCUAUUUUUAAGAAUCCAUCAAAUGGUAGGGAUAGAACUGAAUUCCGUCCUUUUUCUGAAAAUGUUAAUAGUAAAGGUCUAUAUAAGACAAGGUAUAAUGUUGUGGAUAAGAAAACAGUGACGAAUAAAUUAUACAAGCCACCAAAACUUAUAUAUUUGGAGGAUAAAUUGAGACAGUUAUUCUAUGAGCAACAUCCAUGGGAAAUGUCCAGACCUAAAGUUGUUGUUGAAAAUGAAAUGGAUGUUAAAUAUGAUUGGAGUCACAUCUUACAAUUAGGAAAACCGUUGGAUGGGGAGAGCGUUGUUCAAAGAAGUCUUUAUUUGGUUAAGAAUAAACAAUUUGAUAAUAUUAUAGAUUCAUAUAAUCAUGCCAGAUUUGAAUUCUAUAGAAUUAGAAUGCAACAAGAAUUAGAUGAACAAAUUGCACAAGAAGAAGCAGAGAUGUUUGGUAGUGUGUUUGAAUCUAGUGCUCUUCAAUAUGGUAUUGAACAAGAGCAAAGAGUCAUUGAUCAAUGGAAGAAGAAGGCCAUUAAAGAAACUGAAAUAUCAGCAGCUAAACGUGUCAAUCCGUCAGAGUCCUGGGGUAAAGAAGAUGCAGAAGAACAAGAUGGCGUAAGCGCGGAUGAAGAAAUUGAGGAGUUACAUCUAUAA